AUGUCGCAAGGGCUCCUGGCCGCCGGCAGCGUCCUGCAGAGCAGCGUCGCGGCGCCCGGGAACCAGCCGCGGCCGCAGCCCUUCCCCCAGAGUCCCGAAGAUGAUGACAGGAAGGUCCGAAGGAGGGAGAAGAACCGAGUUGCUGCUCAGAGAAGUCGGAAGAAGCAGACCCAGAAGGCUGACAAACUCCACGAGGAGUAUGAGUGCCUGGAGCAAGAGAAUGCAGUGCUGCGGAGGGAGAUCGGGAAGCUGACCGAGGAGCUGAAGCACCUGAGCGAGACGCUGAAGGAGCACGAGAAGAUGUGCCCGCUGCUGCUCUGCCCCAUGAACUUUGUGUCUGUGCCUCGGCCGGACCCUGUACCCGGCUGCCUGCCCCGGUGAAGCCAAGGACGCCCCCUCUGUGCAGUGAGGAACCUGGCUUUCUCCCCAGGAAUGAGAGGCCUCCCUCCGCCUCUGCGCAUCGGAGGACCUGUCACCCCUCCUCCUCCGCGGGGCUCAGGGGCCCUGUCCUCCGCCCACCGGGCCCCGCAGGAAGCCGCGCAGGCGCCUGGCUCCCGGGGCCCUUGAGCGGAUGCAGGCCAGGAUGCCAGCCUCAGCUUCUGUCACUUCUCAUCCACUUUGGCAGCUAGGAGGUUCCGCUGUUAACGCAGAAUCAUUUCCUCCAGAAUUUGGGUAAUAA